AUAUCUCAUCGAUAUGUGUUGUUGAACACAUCAGUUAUGGAGCCAUAUCUUGCGUAAGUUCAUACUUGUUUCACCCUUACUGUCUACUUUAUUAUAAUACAUGUACUGUAAUUUAUGACUCAUGGAAAACAGUAUGCAUAUGGAAGAGUUGCAAUCUGAGGAUGUUCGAUGCGAAACAAAUGAAACUUUAUUGUGGAGAUAUCAUACCGAGAGGUUUGCACACUGGAUAAAGCAAAAGAUACCUACCAACUCAGAAGCUCAUUCAUCGAAGCUUAGGUGGUUGGCGUAUGGGCCAAGGGUUAUUGCUCAGUCUUACAAGGGAUAUGUCAUUAACGGACAUCGGUUUCACACAGAUGAUGUAAAGCUAAAGACUCAGAACAGUGGGGAUUCAUAUGAAGCCUUCACCAUGUGUCGGUCAAGUGCACGAGAUAGUGGACAGAUGGGAGAUGUAGUUGUUUACUAUGGUGUGAUCAAGGAGAUAAUAAUGUUGGAUUACCACAUGUUUCAAGUACCACUCUUCAAGUGUACUUGGGCCAAUACAGGGAAUGGUGUGAAGGAAGAAGACGGAUUUACAAUUGUUAAUUCUGAAAACGAACCAAUCUUCGUAUCUGUUAGAUCCAUACAUUCUUGCAUCCCAAGCUAAACAGGUGUUCUAUUCCCGAGAAGAUGACUCUUCGCCGUGGCAUGUUGUUAUGAGGCGCCCACCGAG